AUGACCAGCAAACCCUUUGACUCUUCGCGAUGGAUGAAGGCUGCUGAGACUGGUGAUGUUGUCUUUUUAAGUAAGCACCUGGCCAACUUCAAGCGGUCACAGGAUGACGCAGGCCGGACAGCACUGAUGAGGGCCGUUUUGGGUGUGGCACAUUCUGCUGAUCCUUUGCACGGAUCUGGAGACAUGCAGCACUAUGGUGACCCUAGAGAACCACCUCACAUCGGCACUGAAAGCCCUCUUAAUAUUUCGGCAGUUAUUCUCCUGGCACGACACGAAGGAGGGAUGGUUGACAACAGUGGCUCCACAGCCCUUUGUUACGCAGCCGAAUCUAAUAACGCCCCUGCCUGCAUUACUCUUCUUCCACUAGAAGGCACCAUCAUUCCUGACAACGGAUUCAGCCCGCUAAUGCGCGCUGCACGCAACCGUUCCAUGGACGCACUGCCUAUCUUAAUCAAGACACAUGCACCGGCUCUUAGGGACUUUCAGGGAUAUUCUGCUUUGGAUCACGCGUGUUUAAGUGGCAGCGUGGAGGCUGCAGAGUAUUUGAUUAAUAAUGGCCACGGAGCCAUUAUUGCCGACAUUAACCGCGCGAUUUCUGCAGCAAACUCUGUGCGGGCGUCGUCCAUAGUGGACCUUUUAGCGUAUGUGCGCCUGGCGAGAAUUAAUAACACAACUCCAUGCACAAAGUGCUGGCACGGCGAAAUAGAGCGUCGAAUGGCUGAUUCACGGUUGCAGGAAUUAGAGCGCAGAUGCGAAACAUUGGCUGCAGAGCGUCCUGAUCAUGCUCGGCGACCCUCCUCGUCUAGUAUAUCUGCAAUGUCAACCACGAUGGAUGCGACCGUCUCGAACUAUCGUGUAAGCUACUUGCAGAGACUCCUUUCUCAGCUGAUAAAUGAGGGAGUUGCCGCAGGAGUUUAUGACGUUUCUUUAUCUUCUAAGUCAGAGAUAUACAAUUACAACGACAUUGGGAGGUAUUGCAAGGCAAUACUUCAAGCUUUUAGGCGAAGGGCAGAAGUACAGACAAAGGAAGAGGCCAAGUACGAGGAGAUAAAAGCAAAGAUGGCCUCUAUGCAUUCAGAAAUAUCUAUUUACAAGGAAGAACUUUCGAUUGCAUAUAAAAAGAUUGCAAUGCUGACUCAGAGUGUUGAGAUGGUCGAUGUAGUAUUGCAGACAGACUCAUUAGUCUCACAAGACACUGCCGUCGUCAAGGACAGCACACUCCGUGAGCUAAGACGAUCAUCUAUAAUCCUCGACACUCUGACAUCAUCCACCCUUCAGCCUCCUAUAUCUGUGUCACCGGCUAAGCCCAAUUUAGGCGCUUCCUCAUCCCAAUUUGACGUAGAAUUACACAGGGCUCUACUAUCAGGUAUCCCCUCUCCUCGGGGGAAUCUAUCAGAUCUACACGGUGAUGAGAACAUAGAGUGCGAGCUGUCUGACAUUACAAUAGAGCAGCCACCAUUGAAGGAGCUUCGUUCAUCUGCUGUCCUAUUUGACAGUAAGGCGAACACUCUACUGAUGCAGGCUGCUUUGCUCGGCGAUCUCAGGAUGGCUGAGAGCUUGCUGUCUCAAGCUGGGACCACUAACAAAAGCGGACGUACUGCACUGAUGAUGGCGGCUAGCGUGGGAAAUGCUGAUAUUGUCGCUCUUCUAAUAGAAACGGGCAAAGAGGCCAGAAAGCAGGACUCGGAGGGACGGACUGCUCUCUACUUUGCAGUCAAGGCGCUCCAUUACUCUUCUAUUCGCCACCUUGCUCCUCACGAAGCAGGACUGCAAAAGAACGAUGGUCAAACCUCACUGAUGAUUGGCGCUAAGCGGGGUGGCAAAACACUCCUUGAGCUAUUGGACGUGGAGAUAGGGAUGCAAUCGACCGACGGGUGGACAGCUUUGAUGGCCGCGGCCGAUUCGGGCAAUGUGGAAGCCUGCAUAUAUCUCGUUUCGCGCGAGGCUGGCUUCUCUAUGAAGAGCGGCUGGACUGCUCUUAUGAGCGCUGCGUGGAACGGGCAUCUUGAAAUAGUUAGUUUACUAUGUGAAAAGGAGGCAGGGAUGCAAAAGGUUAACGGGUUCACGGCACUCAUGGCUGCAGCUAGAAACGGUAAUCUGGAAUGCCUGAAGAUACUGAUGCCCCGUGAGUACGAACUUGUACAGGCUUCUGGAAAGACAGUGUUAGAUUGGUGCAAGGAAUACGACCAAAGCGAUUGCGUAGAGUAUGUGAUAAGGUACGCGGAAUCCCUAGAAAAACUUAUUCCGAGCUAG